UCCCCCUUCGCCCCUUCCUUGGUUCACCUCCCUCCUUCCCAGCUUCGGCGGCGUCCCCAUCCCCUUUUCCCUCGUUGCGUCCCCUCCCUUUCGUCUGUCCUCCCGCGGACCUCUCCCCCGCCCCCCCCGCUCUUUCCGACUUUGCCUUCCCCUCCCGGGGACCCGCACUAGAGCCCCCUCCCCCAGCUUUGGUCCUUGUGCGCCGCCUUCCCAGCUACCCACCCUCCUGAACACAUCCCUCACCUACCGCGGCGUUCCUAAGAUGCUCGCUCUCUCUGAGCUCUGCUCCGUCGCCUCCCCAGGACCCCAUUUCGAGGCCUUUUCUAAGCCCCUUCCUGAGCUACCCAUUUCCUAGCUGCGCCUUUCCAGUUCCUUUUCUCCAGUUCCACUCCCAACUUUACGUCUUAGGCGUCUUUGUCCACUUUGCUUCCAAGCUUCCCUCCCAUUUUUCUUUAGACUUAUCCUUCUUUGGUCUACUCGGCCUCCUCCUUUCUCUUUUUAUGCGGUUUGAGGUUGUUUGGGAGUUCGGAAAGGCCUGCCAAGCCAUUCGAAUGGGGGCCCAUUUGUUUUGCAUCCCAUCUGUCAGCCCUGUUUUACCGUGAGAGCGCUCCUUAUCCUUUCCUUUUUGUCCCCAUCGCUUCCUCUCUCGCCUGCCAUCCCUUCCUUCUCCACCUUAUUCCUGUUCUGCUUUUUCCACCCAAGACCCUUGCCCUCCCUUUAGGAAUGAGUCCCCUAGCUACUCGGCGAUGAUGAACUUCGCCCGCGUCUGUGUUUGCAAGCUUUUUGAUGCGUGGCGCCGCGGAGCCAGCACCCUUGGCCAGACGAAGGGAGCUCCCUGGCACGGGCCUCUCUACUGGCGGAGUUUUUGCGAACGAGUUUAUCUAGGAGAUGUGAAUAUCCUCUUUUUGGUCUGCUCCAAGAAAAAACAUGGCUGCAAAGGAAAAACUGGAAGCAGUGUUAAAUGUGGCCCUGAGGGUGCCAAGCAUCAUGCUGUUGGAUGUCCUGUACAGAUGGGAUGUCAGCUCUUUCUUCCAGCAGAUCCAAAGAAGUAGCCUCAGUAAUAAUCCUCUUUUCCAGUAUAAGUAUUUGGCUCUUAAUAUGCAUUAUGUAGGAUAUAUUUUAAGUGUUGUGCUAUUAACCUUGCCCAGGCAGCAUCUGGUUCAGCUUUACCUAUAUUUUUUGACUGCCCUGCUCCUCUAUGCUGGGCAUCAAAUCUCCAGGGACUAUGUCAGGAGUGAACUGGAGUCUGCCUAUGAAGGACCAAUGUAUUUAGAACCUCUCUCCAUGAAUCGGUUUACCACAGCCUUAAUAGGUCAGUUGGUGGUGUGUACUUUAUGCUCCUGCGUCAUGAAAACGAAGCAGAUUUGGCUCUUUUCAGCUCACAUGCUUCCCCUGCUAGCACGACUCUGCCUUGUCCCUCUGGAGACAAUUGUUAUCAUCAACAAAUUUGCUAUGAUUUUUACUGGAUUGGAAGUUCUCUACUUUCUUGGGUCUAAUCUUUUAGUACCUUAUAACCUUGCUAAGUCUGCAUACAGAGAAUUGGUUCAGGUAGUAGAGGUAUAUGGCCUUCUAGCUUUGGGAAUGUCCCUGUGGAAUCAGCUUGUAGUUCCUGUACUUUUCAUGGUUUUCUGGCUCGUCUUAUUUGCUCUUCAGAUUUACUCCUAUUUCAGUACUCGAGAUCAACCUGCAUCACGGGAGAGGCUUCUUUUCCUUUUCCUGACAAGUAUUGCUGAAUGCUGCAGCACUCCCUACUCGCUUUUGGGUUUGGUCUUCACGGUUUCCUUUGUUGCCUUGGGUGUCCUGACGCUCUGCAAGUUUUACUUGCAGGGUUAUCGAGCUUUCAUGAAUGAUCCUGCCAUGAAUCGGGGCAUGACAGAAGGAGUUACGCUGUUAAUCCUGGCAGUGCAGACUGGUCUGAUAGAACUACAGGUUGUUCACCGAGCGUUCCUGCUCAGUAUUAUCCUUUUCAUUGUCGUAGCUUCUAUUCUGCAGUCUAUGUUAGAGAUUGCAGAUCCUAUUGUUUUGGCGCUGGGAGCAUCUAGAGACAAGAGUUUAUGGAAACACUUCCGUGCUGUGAGCCUUUGUUUAUUUUUGCUAGUGUUCCCUGCUUACAUGGCUUACAUGAUUUGCCAGUUUUUCCACAUGGAUUUUUGGCUGCUUAUCAUUAUUUCUAGCAGCAUUCUCACCUCUCUUCAGGUUUUGGGAACACUUUUUAUUUAUGUCUUAUUUAUGGUUGAGGAAUUCCGAAAAGAGCCAGUGGAAAACAUGGAUGAUGUCAUCUACUAUGUGAAUGGCACUUACCGCCUUCUGGAGUUUCUUGUGGCCCUCUGUGUGGUGGCCUAUGGUGUCUCAGAGACCAUCUUUGGAGAAUGGACCGUAAUGGGCUCAAUGAUCAUCUUUAUCCAUUCCUAUUAUAAUGUGUGGCUUCGGGCACAGCUGGGGUGGAAGAGCUUCCUACUCCGAAGGGAUGCUGUGAAUAAGAUUAAAUCAUUACCCAUUGCUACAAAAGAGCAGCUGGAGAAGCACAAUGAUAUAUGUGCCAUCUGUUAUCAGGACAUGAAAUCUGCUGUGAUCACACCUUGCAGUCAUUUCUUCCAUGCAGGCUGCCUCAAGAAGUGGCUAUAUGUCCAGGAGACCUGCCCUCUGUGCCACUGCCACCUCAAAAACUCCUCCCAGCUUCCAGGGUUAGGAGCUGAGCUGGUUCCACAACCUCAUGCUGGAGUUGAGCAAAAUAUGCUUCAGGAAGGAACUGAACCUGCAAAUCAAGAGCAUCCUCCAGGGACUGGGAUGCAAGAAGGUUCCAGGGACAAUAAUGAGUGUAUUGCCACUAGAUCAGAUAGCCAGGAAGGGACUUGUGAUCCUAAGGAAUAUCCUUCUAGUGCGAAAGAUGAAGCAUGUCCUGUUGAGGUCAGCCUAGAAGAAAAGAAGCAGAAAUAAUGCUUUGAUACUCUGGAGAAGUUAACUCACUAUGAAAUUUGAGCUCAGAUUUGAGGAAUGAAUGUAUGAGAUGAUGAGGCAGGAAACUUGACAUUCCAAGGGUCUGAUCCAGGAAGUAAUCUCAGUGGAGACUGCUUGCUUUCAUCCCCUUGACAUUGUGGGAGAAAAUUGCAAUGUAUGCUAAUCAAAAUGUAUUUAUAUAGCCCAUGCUGAUAUUUUGUAGAGGUCUGCCAAGAAAACUCAACCUUAACAACUUCAGAAACUGCCCCUGAUUUGAAAGGGAUACAUAAAAUCAGAUUUGAGUGCUUGCAAGGGGCUAAAGAAAGGAUAAAGAGCAUGAAGACAGCAUGGGAAGAAGCAGGCAGAAGCGGAACUGACAUUUAACUUUCUGUGGGACAGAAUCAUUCUUACUACAAAGUAUGAGUAGUGACCAGCCCUUUUCACCACCCCCCUUUCCCUCAGUUAAUUGGAACUCAGUCAGGUGAUAAUUGAGUUUUGUACAGCACUGAAAUGAAAUCAAAGAUGUAAGAGCAUUGAUUGUAUUCCAAGAUUGAAGCACGCUCAUACUUCGUAUGUGCUUUAGGGGAGGGGGUGGGUGGGCACUGGGCCUUGCGGGUGCAUUCAUGUAAUCUGAGACUCUUGAACUUUAUGAUGGAGUCUUCAAUAUUUUGAUGUAUAUGGAACUUUUGUUAAUAUAUUGUAUACUGUGUUGGCUGUGUGACGUAAACUAAAACUCUAAUGAACACUUUGGGGUCCACGUUAGUGUAGGAGACCAAAGUGGGAGGGGUUUUAGGGCACUGAUAAAGGCCCGAAGUGUACUUUUCAAUCCUGUGUAAUGUUUAAUUCUUGCAACUGAAUCAAAACAGUGUUAAAUUAUGGCAAUAUUUGCACUUGGGGAAUGAGUACAUAACUGUAUGAUCACACUCUGCAAAUGCCACUUUUAAAGCUGUUAAUAGACUUUGCACCUUUUCUUUGACAAGUUUGUGUCAUAUUUAAAUUUUUACAUUCAUCAUGGCUACAGGUAGAACUGGGGAGGGGGGACUGUAAUUUUUUAUGGGAAUUUUGAUAUGAAAAGAAACUAGUCAUUUAUUUAUACAAUAGGCUUGGCUCAAAAAGUGUUUUUCAGACUCGAUAUUCCUAAUGUGGGAUGUGACUUUAUUUUAUUUUUAGUAGCAAAUUUGGAUGUAGACUGACAGACAUAGCUGAAUGUCUUAAUAAAUUUAAAUUUGAAGAUAA